AUGGAUUACGGAUCAGCCCAAGCUAAAGAUUUCUCUUAUUCAUUUUGCUUAACAAAAGACUUAGAUCUACCUUUUACUAUACGAAUCUCGAGUCUUGAAGGCAUUCGUGAAAAGAAAUCUUUUACCACUAUACUUAGUGAUCCUUCUCUCAAAUUUACUGGUGUGCAAACAAGCAACUUUUCUGAUUUAUACGUGAGCAUUCAACUAUAUGGAGACAACAAGCCACUUACUGUUCCAAUUAGGACUUCAUACAAAUCAUUCAAAAAUAAUUGGAUUUGGAACGAAUGGCUCACAAUUCCUGUGAAAUAUCGUGAUCUUCCUGUUACCUCUCAAUUAGCAUUAACAGUGUGGGAUGUUCACGGUCCACGCAAAGUAGUUCCAAUAGGUGGUACCACUUUUCGACUUUUUGGAAAACACAAGGGCAAACAUAAGUUGUAUCUUUGGCCAGAUAUAGAAGCUGAUGGUUAUGAGCGUACAUCCACGCCCAGUAAGGUUGGUGACAAAACUGAAAUGGAUAGAUUGGAAAAG